GAAGCCUUGAUCUUCAAGGGAAAUAAAAGUUUGGUGUGCAGCUGAUGAUUGAUUGGUUCUGUGUAAUUGUUAAAUUGCAUGAUUACGUAACUGAGAAUUCGGUUUAACCGUUUAAAUUCCGGUCUACUGAAAUUGCUACGGAAAUAAACCGAAUUAAACCGAACCGGAUCAUGAUUCAGUCUACUUUAGUUUUUGUGCUCCGUAGAUUGAGAGAAGCCAAUUUUAGGGAAAAGAGAGAGAUGAGGAAGUUGAAUCCGCUUCUGAAACGAGGCUUGAAGGCUAUUGAAAAUGGUGAUUUGUUGAAGAUCCUCCAAAGUGAAAUUCGUCACGAAAUCUCCCAUCCUCGUUUCCAGGGCGUUGAGACCGGUUCUCUAGGAGAUUUCAAAUUGGAUUGGGAUUCACCGGAAAGCCAAGAUAUUGUUCUGAAGAGACAGUUUGAUUCAGGCGAGAAGGUUGUGGUCUCUGCUUUAUUGCAACCAGAACCUAUAGAACUAGAAGAUGAUUUAGUGUUUCCUAGGGAAGCUCAUGCCAAAGUUUGUAUCAAAAAGCCUGGUCUCAGCUCUAUCUUGCAGUUUCAUUGCCGGGUUUACGAAUCAGGAUCUGGAUCUUCUCAUUUCGACAUCGAGAGCGCCUACUUUAUCCGCUCUUUUGUUUCUGCUCCUUCUUCCACUUAUGGAGACCAUUUUUUCAGGUGAAGUAAGCUCAUAAAUGAUAAUCUCUCAACAUUUUGUUUAAGUUACUUGAAUCAUAUCUGUUUUACUUCAUCCAAACCUCAAAGCAUUGGGUACACUUCCCAUUGUUCUUUCCCUGGAGUAAUUGUUCUAUAUAUAUUGAAAAAGAAGUAGACUAUUAGAGGUUCAUGUGUCUGCAUAUGUUUGAUUUCAAUGACCAGUGUUAUUUUCUUUGUUUCUUUAGCCAAGUAGAUCCCAAACUACACAGUGCACUGGAGCAAUACCUAAUAUCUAAGGGGGUCAGUGAAGGCUUAACUAAUUUCCUUUUGUGUCACCUGAACAAGAAGGAGCAGGAUCAAUACGUUAACUGGUUACGCAGGCUUGAAUCAACUAUGUCACAUUCUCCAAAGCCGUGAGUGUUUACUCCAUAAGCUCAUUUCUUUUCAAGUUUUGUUUUUGGAACAAUGGUAAAAUGCCUUAGGAGUAGUAUUAUUAGCUAAGAGAGUCCUUGCAAUGGAUGUUUUGAGGGAAGAUGUAUCGACGAAUACAUGUUAACUGUAAUAUUUCCAACAAAUGGGACCCCAAAUCGUAUGCUUUUGAAUUUUCAAGCAAGCUUGGUUUGAUCUUUGAUCUUUCAAGAUGAUUAGUCAUGAGAUAGUGAGUAGUAAUCGACAUCUACAUAACCACCCUCAUUCAUGUAUUUAUCUUUGUAAAUCAAUACUUGACCUAUAAUGUCUUUUGAUCUUUCUCCGAAAGGACU